GGGUGGAACCGGUCGCAAGUUGUAAUGCGAACAUGCUCAGAACCGUUCCGUUUCGUACCGUUCCGUGCAGUGCGAAAGCGCCUUUAGUAUGGUUGGGUAAAUUCAAGAGUAAACAUGCCGCUUUCCCUGCUUCUAAUUUUUUUUUUGUCGUCACGUGACUUGGGGUUGACUUGGUUGCUAUGGUGACACAGUACCAACACAAAAGAGCUACAGCGACCUGAACCUUACAGGAAAACCUGGAUCUGCUCAGCGGACGGUCUCAAUAGGACAGUUUUAGGAGAUCAAACCCAGAAGGUUGUGAAGCUGCGGCAGCAGCAGGAGGGGGAGUCAUGCCGAAGAAAAGAGGGAAAAGAGAGCCGCUGACGGAGGAGGAGAAACUCCUGCAGAUGCAGCAGAGAGCUCAGGCAGAGGAAGAGAUGGUCAAGAAGAAGGAGGAGACGCUCAUGCUGUACCUGAAGGAGAAGCUCCAGAAGGAGCAGAAGAACACGGCYGUGAACCUGCUGAAGCUGACAGAGAGCUGGAGGAAGGUCCUGCGGCAGACUCGGGACAGCGAGCUGCUCGCCGAGGCUGCGGUGCACCAGCAGACGUCUGACAGGAAGCUGGAGGAGCUGAACUUCAUCAUCCAGAAAAUGAUGCGGGAGCUGCAGCAAGGGCAGUCUCAGGCGGACCGUGUGCAGAGCUGCCACCUGCAGCACGUGGAGUACCUGUGGGAGCUGCAGGAGAAGCACCUGAAAUGUCUGCAUCGGCGGUGGGAGAGCAGCCUGCGGGCCCUCAACACCAUGUGCUUCAACCAGGAGGUGAAGGCGCUGGACGACUUCCGACAGCAGAACCUGGGUCUGGUGGACUUGUACCUGCCUGCCCAGAUGCAUGACAAGGCCAUGUCCGAGUACCUCCAGAAGGUCCAACACGAAGUCGUGGAUGUGUACAAGAACGCACACCAGGACCUGGACGCUCUGAGGACCGAAGUGAAGAACCAGCCGGACGGAUCUGCUCUGAACCGUGACAUUCUGCAGAAGACCAGAAACAGCCUGAUUGAGCUGGACCAGAAGAUCGCCAGACAGCAGCAUGAUAUCAGCCUCGAGCUGAGGAAUGUCAAGAGGCUGAAGGGCAAAGCCAUCAAGCUGAGGCAGCAGAUCUUUUCCUGUCAGGCUGAGAGGGAUCUGAUGCAGCAGAACUGGGACUUYACCACAAACAAGAUCAACCAGAAGUGUCGACAGCUCCAGGAGCAGCUGGCACGAGAUCGCCAGGACGCCAGAAAGAAGCUCGCCAUCCUCAGCAUCCAGGGCGCCACCGCCACCAAAAGUCCAACCCGGUUCUGUUUCUGGAUGCAGGAGGUCCUAGAGCUGCAGGACCUGCAGCAGCUAAAGGAGCUGCAGCAGUUGCAGGAGAAGCAGCAGCUGAAGGAGCUGCAGGAUCUGCAGCAGCUCCUCAACUCCACCCUGCUGCACCGGGAGGCUCUGAGGAAGCAGAACCAGAUUCUGAAGCAGGAGAACCAGCACCUGCAGGUCCUGCUGGAUCACCGUGAUGACAUCCUUGACGGACGCCACACCCCGCUGCCGGCUCUGCAGCCGCCGGUCAAGUCCGGCCGCGCCGCCGGCGACAUGCACCACAACAUCCUGGAGGCUGCGCAUGUCGCUAAGUACCUGGUGGACAGCUGGAGCUGAAGGCCAGGUCCAAACGGUCCCUGUAGAACUCUCCAGAACAGCAAAGACCUCAACAACAAGCUCUAGCCUGGUGACUGGUCAGUUACGGUCUGAGGCAGGACAGGUUAAAAAUAAAAUGUUGAAUGAAA